AAAGUAACUUUAAUUGCUUUGAUUAAUAUUGAUUAAAUAAAAAUAAUCAUAAAUUAUAGAUCAAAAUCAGGCUUGCACGACAUACGGCCCGCAUGCGCUCCGCCAGCACUCACUUUGAGGCCCCAUCGAAGUAACGAGGUAUUCUAUUUAAUAGCUCUCCGGCAAGUCCUAUUUUCUAUCGGCCCUCACAAGUUUUUCAAAAAGUAUUAUGGCCCGGCUAAUAUUUUGAUUUGUGCAGGCCUUAUCUAGAUUGAUAAGGAGUUUGACAAAAGGAUAAACCAAAUAGCUUUAAUAGUCUUUCAAGUAUUUAAUGUAUUAAUCAUAUUAAUGAAUAAGCCGUAAUUUAAUCCAAUACAUAUCCUUUUUUUUUUUGACAUUGGAACUCUUUGAAUCCAAUAAGUUUUUUGUCAACAUAUUCAAAAUUACACCUUCUCACCAAAGCCAUCACCUCAACACAUUUUCUGGCUAAACCACUCCGCAGUCAUGUAAAGUAGUUCACAAAGUAACGAAUUUUAGGAGCAUAGAAUAUUUUUUUGAAGGGGUAUUUAUUCUUGCACUUUUCGGUACGAUUGGGUGUACAUAACUUUUUUUUUUUUCUUUGUGGACUCCCAACAAAUUUUGGCUAAAACUACAGAAUCGUCCCCGACACACAGAUGUCUGACACCACUCCAUCUUCUCGGAACAGACUGGUGGCAAAAAAUAUACAAUAAUAAAACUUGUUGGUAAGUUGCUUGCUGAAUCUUUUGUGGAGCUGAUGUGGCGCGUGUGUAGGAAUACUUUUAGGGGACCACCACUUGGCUUCAAAUAGUUUCUACAAUUUUUUUACCAGAUAGUGUUGAUUUAAUCCCAAUAUUUAGGUUGCCGGCUUUCCAAGCAGAGAGAGUGAGUGAGAGAGAAAGAAACAGAGAGAGUGAGUGACAGAGAAAGAGAGAGAGUGAGAGAGAAAGAGAUACAAUGAGAGAGAAAUUUAGAGAGAGAAGGAGAGAGAGUUAGAGAGAGAUAGAGUUAGAGAGGGGAGAGAGACAGAGUGAGAGAGAAAGAGAGUGAGAGAAAAACAAUUUUGUUCUAAUCUCCUAACAUGUCAGAAUCGCUAUAUAAUUCUGAUUUGUGUAAAUUAAUUAUUGUAUUUUUUAGUAGUGUACCUCUUCAUUAACUGUUUUUCAAAUUAAUAUCUUUACAUACAGGCAAGCUCAAAGAAAACAAGUCACUAUCAAAGUUACUGUAAUAAGAUGGACGAAAAUACCUUUUAUUUAUUUUAGGGUAAAAAUAGAUGCACUUUGGAGAGUCCGGCAUCUGUGACGUCAUGCAGUUUAUGAGAGUCCUUUUAACUGUUGGUUUAUUCAUUGCUGGUAAGUUGUGAUAAAAAUGUAUUGUUUAGACUUCUAAAACUGGUAGCCUAAAAAAUCAUCGCCCUACUAUCACCCGAAUCAGACAUUUAUGGUAUGACAUUUAAUCAUGCUUCUUAUUUUGCCGAUUGUAAGUUGACAAUUUUUUUGAUGUUAUAUAUUGUUUGUUUUUUUCGUCAAGGUUCUCAAACAUUUGAUUGAACAUAAUAUAGACACAGACUCUAACAAAAGAAUAAGGAUAAUUUGUCCGGGAGUUAGGUGGGAGGAAGUAUGUUGAUUAGAUAAAUCUAUAAUUAUGAAUUUACAGGCUUAGUGCCUUUGAGUAUGAUGACGAUUCACACACCUCCAACCCCACAUCUUUUUUAAGAGGGCUGGGGUGGGGGAGAAUAGUGAGUCUGUAAGGCAUGGAAUAAAAAACAAACCUUAAAAGGAUUGUGUGUGAUUCCCGGAUAUUGCUUAAAACGUACGUUUAUUUACAACUCUAUAUAAGCUUAACUUCUGUUCAUGGCUGGCUGGUGGCCUGUCGAAAUCUUCGAACGGCUCAUUGGCCAGCUUCCCGUCAGCCUAUCGAACUGAAACUUGGCACACAGACCCGUUGCCAAUGGCAACACAUUUUUCAAAUUUUCAGCUCCACCUCCCUCCUCCCUGCCCCCCCCCCAAACCCUAAAAACCAAACCCCUUAGAAUAACCCAUUUUCAAGGGACAGAUGGAGGACAUAAGAGAUGACAUUACAGAUGGAGGAAAUAAGAGGACAUUACAGAUGGAGGAAAUAAGAGGACAUUACAGAUGGAGGAAAUAAGAGGACAUUACAGAUGGAGGAAAUAAGAGAGGACAUUACAGAUGGAGGACAUAAGAGGACAUUACAGAUGGAGGAAAUAAGAGGACAUUGAUAUCAUGAACUCAAAUUCCUCUUAACUGGAUAACAGCUUCAAUGAGAUUUUUUUGUUUCAAGUUUUUUUUUGCGUAAUACUUUCCUUUGUCUUUCUGGAAUACGGGCUAAAAUAAUUCUGAUGUAGACAAGGGGAUUGGGUCAUUAGAAUACUAAUAUAUUUCAGGGGUGUCAAAAAUAAUGGGCGGUUGAGGGGAGCAAUAAUUGACAUUAUUUUUAAAGGGCGCUACCUGUACGCAUGUUAUGUGAAACUUUUAGCCCACACACCCCAUACACAAGAUCAUAUUUUGUAAAGGGCUUAUACGAUGGGCUUUGUUGUUAGUGCUUGUUUAAUUUCUCAUUCAUUCGGUCUCCUGGAUAAAUAAUGAAGUCAUUCACGAAUUUUUUGGUUGCUGGUGUACUCUACAUCAAAGCGAUUUUCAUGAUAACACCCAGGGCGACUUAAUUUUACAGAAAACGAAUAACUUCAAUCUGAAAUUCAAUGUUAUUUAACAUUUCGAAAGAACACUUAGAUUUUGCUGUUGUUGCUUAUUAAACAGUGUUUAACAGGUCGCUGUCUCCAUGAAUGUUUUGUCGUAUCCCAUGCGAAGUGGAAAUGAAAGGCGUACCCAUAAUGUGGAAAAGAUUAGCGCGAUCCAUUAUCGCCUGAAUUAUGACCCUUAACCAGGAGGGAAAAACAACGUCUCGAUUGUAAAAGAAUUAUAUCUGUCCUUACCGACUGUAGAUUAACGUUUACACAUUCUAUUUGAUGUGCAGGUUUGAUUGUGGUCUACUUAGUCUAAAGUAGCAUGAAAGGGGCCAUCGAUUGGACUGUGCAGUUUUGACAUGAUUAGCCGAUAGGGCGAUUAGACAUUUGUAGUAGGAUUACUGAAAUUGUAAUUGUUAUAAAAAUGGCCCAUUCUUAGAAAUAAGAUAGCCAUUUAAAUGUAGGCCUAAGAAAUGGUUUGUCAUACGCCGUUUCUUACUGUUAGUUUUAUUUCCCCCCCCCCCUACAUUUUCCUUCUAUUUCUCCGAAAAUUUAAAAAAAAUGUUAUUAUUUUGAAAGGAAUGUCCCCGGACCCAGGAAAUAAUUUUGUGGGUUUCUUUUAAAGACACGUGUAACAAUCUUUGUGCGUCACUAUUGAAAUAUUUGUUGUUUUUUUAUUUUUUUUUAUUUUUUUUUUUAAAAUUUAUUCUGUACUUUUUAGUUGUUGUUUUGUUUCUUUCUAUCCAGCUCAAGGUCAAGGUCAACUGUUUGACAAGUAUGAGAUCGAAGAUGGUGGGCGAUUCAAUCUGACGUGUGAUGCUAGCCGGAUUGGCGGUAUUCCGGCAGCUGUAACGGAGAUUUCCGAGCUGUCCAUUGAGAGAGUUUGGGUUGGGUAUAACCCUAACCACACACUGAUUUCAAUGAUUGCUACUUACCGAAUUCUUCCUGAAGAAGAAGCAAUCCAAACGGUAAUAUUUAAACCAUGAUCACACCAUUAAAUGUCUGUGGAGCCCAGCUAAAUUUUCGAUACUCUUAAAAAAAACUCCACAUCUAAAUCACAUUUUUCUCUAAAUUUGUGUCGAAAAUUGAUUAGAACUUUAAUUAUGAUUUUCAUUGUAUAUUUUGAUUAACAAUAUUAUGUCAAUUUAAAUUGUUUUCAAUGCAUUUUAAUAUUUGAUAUAUUUUAGAGUGGACAAGAAGCUGCAUUCGUUCAUAUUUCUCGGCUUACAAUUGUUAAUAAAGAUUGGUUAAGUCGUAUGGAGUUAUGCUAUGCCCGGUUUAAAUGCUUCGUAAUUAUUACCUAAGGUUAUAUGACCAUUGGUCGUUGUCAGCAGUGUUUCUUUCACAAAGAGUUUCGGAGGGUGGGGGGCAGUGACAGGGGCCAAAGCAUGACUAAUGGGGGGGGGGGAAGUGACAGAUAACCCCUUACACCAUACUAGCGGGGACGCCAAUAUAGCGUUUGAGGGAUUUGAUGAAUAAAAAUAAUGGUUUUCUGAGUUGAGGAGUGGAAGAGUUGGGGGGGAGGGGCGGGAAAAAUUAAUCAAUGUCCCUGGCGUCAAAUGGGGAAGUGACAGAUAACCCCUUACACCAUACUAGCGGGGACGCCAAUAUAGCGUUUGAGGGAUUUGAUGAAUAAAAAUAAUGGUUUUCUGAGUUGAGGAGUGGAAGAGUUAGGGGGGAGGGGCGUGAAAAAUUAAUCAAUGUCCCUGGCGUCAAACACUCUAGCUGCGCCUCUGCAAGUAAGUUUGUACCGUCAAUUGGAGCGAGGCAUACAUCUUGACAAGUCUAGGGUAGCACUAACACUAGCUACUGCACUGGGUAGUGUAUCUAUCAUCACUAACAAUAGCUACUAUACUAGGUUGUGUAUCUAUCAGCAGUAACACUAGCUACACAAAUAGGUACUUUAUCUAUCAGCAUUAACAUUGGCUACUCCACUAGGUAGUGUAUCUAUCAGCACUUGCACUAGCAAUCCCACUAGUUUGUGUAUCCAGCAGCACUAUCAAUAGCUAAUCCAGUUGGUCGUGUAUCUAUCAGCACUAACACUAGUUACUCCAUUAGGUUGUGUAUCUAUGAUAAUCAAAAAUUAUUACCAGGGCCUGCUGUACUGCCACUUUUUUUAGGGAAGAACUGUAGAAAAUGAGGGUACGGUUGGCUCUUGAGUAAAAAGUGUGGGGGGGGGGUCUCUCCACAGAAAAUUUUGGAUUAUUUCAAAAUCAAAAGGUGCAUUUAGAUGUAUACCUGAAUUCAAUGUUUCUCUUAGACAAUGGGACCUGGGUAAGGUAUUUUUCAUUCGUCAGAUGAAGAUAUUAUAUCAUUAAAUGCCAUACAUACAUUGAAUUCAUUUAGCUUGUUGCGUGUCCCAGGAUAAUUCAUCGGCACAAGCUUAUAUUAAACCAAUAUAUUAAACCCUUAUAUUAAACCCUGAUAUUAAACCCUUAUAUUAAACCCUUAUAUUAAACUCAUAUAUUAAACCCUUAUAUUAAACCCAUAUAUUAAACCCUUAUAUUAAACCCUUAUAUUAAACCCUUAUAUUAAACCCUUAUAUUAAACCCUUAGAUUAAACCCUUAUAUUAAACCCUUAUAAUAAACCCUUAUAUUAAACCCAUAUAUUAAACCCUUAUAUUAAAUCCUUAUAUUAAACCCUUAUAUUAAACCCUUAUAUUAAACCCAUAUAUUAAACCCUUAUAUUAAACCCUUAUAUUAAACCCAUAUAUUAAACCCUUAUAUUAAACCCUUAUAUUAAACCCCAUACCGUAAAAUUGAUCAGCAUGGGGAAAAGCGUGUUGAAACGGAAGGUAUUGAAAAAACUCUCACAAAUUCAAAAUACAGGGGUGGAUUGUCGCUUAUAUUUGAAUUUGAUGUUUCUUUCACACAAAGUCGAGAGUUUUUAGAAUUUUAUGUGCGAAGAACUAAAUUUAGACAUAAUUAGGAACAUCUUUUACUUGCUCCAGCCCAACAUAAUAAUAUAUAUGAUAUUCCCAUUGCUUAAUAUCAUAUUUUAAAUCUUUAUAGUCCACAGAAAUUGUUUGAAAAAUUCAAGAUAAAUGAAUGCAUUUUAGAUUAUACUUUAGGUUUUGCGACAUCCUACACUUGGAGAGCAACCGAAGAAAAGCUAUUUAAUAAAUGUAGAUGUCACCUAACCUUAGCAACCCCUAAGGCUGCAGUGGGCAUGGGAUAUUUUAAGUCUUAAAGAUCUGAUGUGGAUAUUUCCUUACUUAUCCUCUUUCAAUGCAAGGUAUGGGUAGGUAAAACAAACAACAACAUAAAGUAGCAAAAGGUGCCUGGAUAUUUCGAGCGACGGCUCUUCUUGACGUAGUUGUGUUAUGCAAAUCUUUUUGUGACAUUACUAAAUAUUAAAGUGGCUUACAAUUUUUUUUUUAUUAAACAUCUUUGGGGGUUAGAUCCAUAGUUAACAAAUAAACUUUUAAAAAAAAAAAAGGUUUUAUCACAAAAAGCACUGCAAACUCAUUUGUAUACAUUAAACCCAAAUGAAAAACAACAUAUACAUAUAAUAAUCAACUGACGGGAAAUAAUUACUUCUGCUAAAAAUUUCCAAGGUUUAACGUAGUCAAAAAAGAAGAAAGUAACUGUUAAAUAUCUUUGCAUACUUGGAUUAUCAAAACUGGUCAUUUUUAAAAAAAAAAAUCAUAAAUAAAUGGUACUAUUAUGUAAAGAAGACAUGGGUUGUUUACCAAAUAGUAGAAAUUUCCCAAAAUUCUUUUGAUUGAAUUUUUUUCUUUUUAAUUUUUAAUCUACUAUAACUUUCUUUUUCAGAAAAAUUGCAAACUGUCACUUAUUUUUACUUUAAAACAAUUUUCCCCCAAAUCCACAGAAUUUAUUUUAAAUUGACAAAUUAGGAAUAAGAUGUCCUAAAACAAGUAACCUCAAAAUAAAUAAAAAGUAGAAUUGGCAUGAUAAUCGAAAUUCGAAAUGCUAGUUCUACUUCAUCAUUUUAGCUUUCUGAUAGAUUCUCAUCUUGAAAAAAAAAUAUUAAAAAAAAAUUCCUUUGCAAACAGAUGGGGCAGUUUGUUUAUUUUUCGAAUAGUAAAAAAGAUAAAAACUGGUUGAAAUUGAAUAACUAUUGGUUGCUCUUUAUUUAAAAUUCUGUGAUUCAGGAAAUUUUAUUACAAAGGUACGACGUUUAAAGAAAGCAAAAAAGUUCUCGAUAUAAUAAUGAAAUUUUCCCUAUUUUUUUGCGCCCGUUAAAUUCUUAAUUUAAAGAAAAAAAUAUCACCAAUUUUGUAAGUUUCCAAUUUAUAUAACUCAACAUUAAUGGAAUCGAGGAAAUGUAAAAUUAUGCCCAUAUAAAUACUUUCGAAGCUUAAUAUCAUCACACAAUUUAUAAAUACCACCUAUCACUACUUUAAAAGUAAUACUUUUAUCAUAAAAUAUAAUUUGAACAUAGAUUGCAUAUGUUUGAUACUUGGCAAGAACUAUUAUUAGAAUAGUAGUCCUUGAUCUUUAUGUAAGGUAUUUUAAUACAGUGUUAUUGAAGUCUUAAAAUUUGUGAAUUGCACCCAAAAAAAUGAAUAAAAUAUAUAAAUGUGCGAACAACGGGAAGUAAGACUUCUGCAGAUAAUCAGGAGCAGCCAGUGCGUUUCUUAUAACAGAAUACUGUAAGCCAUUUUAAAGAUUAGCCUUAAAUUUACGGAUCAUCAAAUAUAUGGAGCGUAGGGAUAUUUAAAAGAUUCCCCUAAUCGUUAUCGUAUAAAGGCAUCAGUUGCUAUUCUUUUCAAAACUGUUUAAAAUGACAAUUUAGCCGUUUUUAAUUUUAAAAAUAUAUAAUCGUUCUUUUGUGUAACCCAUUUUUCUCGGGGAGGGGGGGGCACUUGACUUUCCCAGGGGGCCGGACCCACCCCCCCCCCCCUGGAGAGAUGCCUGAAUGAAACCCUGGUAGUUAGGUUUUGGUGUUUAGAGUGCUGUAAACUCAUGGUGCAAGCCCCCCUCCCCCAACUUCCACGAUGUAUUUUUUCUUGUUAAAAUAUGUACACAGUAUGACAAUGACAAGAACAGAAAACAAUUAAUUACGGGUCAGAAGGUAAAUGUAUUUAAGAGCUAUGACAAAUUUAAGAUAUAAUUACUUUUACAUUACAUUUACUUCAUUCAAAUGUUUCUUUCCUGGUUAUCAAAGCUGCAAAUCUGUCAAUGACAACGUAUCCCUUUACAUUGAUAGUAGAGCCAGAUCAGAAAUACCUGCCUGCUCCAUGGUUGAUUGUAAAUAGUUCUUGAUAAGUCGAAGUUUUGAAAAACUCCGCUCAUAUGAAAUCAUAGACACAGAGAUCGUAAGAAACAUUUGAAGGCUUAGCGAGAGUCUUGGAAGAGAUUCAAGCAAGUCGCAUUCAGCUAUGUAUUUCAAAGAUAAAAUACUGACCAGUCCAAAACUUUGUGUCCCAUUCAGCUUAUAAAUUAAAAACAUCAAAUACUGACGACUCCAAAACUUUGGGAAAUUUAAUAUCAUCUGACUUUAGAUGCAGGGUUGCUUUCAGCUAUAUCUCCGCGGGGGUUUUGGGGCAGUGCCCCCCGGGGAAAGCCAAGUGCCCCCCCAGGAGCAAAAAUAUGUCCAACAAUAAAUCAACUCGAAAUGCUGGCACUGCCCCCCCCCGAAAAAUCUGAAGUUGGGGUUUUGGGGCAAGGGCCCCCGGGGAAAGCCAAGUGCCCCCCCAGGAGCAAAAAUAUGUCCAACAAUAAAUCAACUCGAAAUGCUGGCACUGCCCCCCCCCCGAAAAAUCUGAAGUGCCCCCCCCCCCGAAAGUCUGAAGUGCUCCUCAGGGGUAAAAUUUCUGAAAGAAACACUGUUUAGAUGUCUUCUGAGCCUUGAUAUCUCUCAUCUAAUAAUCUCCCUACUGUUCUCAUAGAGGGAGUCCAGCAAUUGUUUCUUUUUUCUCCUGCCAUUCUAUUCUUAAACCGUAAUUUUCUCUGUUCCAAAAUUCCCCGUUGGUCUUUUUUAAAAGUGCCUUUUCAAUAGCAUGUUCCACCAAGUGACGCGGUGUAAGAUUAACUUACUAUGUAAAUGAACAUAAAAUCCCAGACAUCCUGUAAACGAUCUUGUGCUCUUUGAAAAUCGUUGCUCAAAUGUUAGGACGCGGUGCUACUGACGAAUAGGAUAACAUUAUUUUUUUUAAUAUUUCUGUGUUUCGACACAAAAUUUGAUUUUAAUUAUUUUUUUUUAAAAUUUAAAUAAAUUUAUAUUAAUGAUUAAACUAUCUUAGAACAUUUUGCAAAUUAUUUUUUGGUUAAAGUAAACCAAUAAAUGGAUACAAGGUAAAUUUUUUAAUGUUUUUAAUUUUUACAAAUUCAAUUAGUGUACUUAGAAUCGCUCGACCACAUUGUAUUUAGAAUCAAUGGGAAUUUUUAUUUAUCAGAAUUUAGAUACAUUUAGCUUCAUGUCACUUAUGCAUGUUACCGAACACUUAAAUCGGCGUUGAAUCGUGGUCAAACAGGUGUUUUUAACUUAUUCAUACAGUCAUCUCUUUUCUGAAGCUUCAACCUUGAGCUUUCAAUAAAGCACUCAUUUGGAUCGAUUGCGUGUUUGCAAAAUUGACGUUUUGUCGGUUAUACCUUUAUGAAAUUCGGCUAGGCCGAGCAGUACGUGCACUGUAAAUAAGGUUUGUUUUCAAUUUUGUUUGACCCCUUGGAUGGUGUCAUCCGAUGCGCUUCGCAACGCCCCCAACACUUAAAUACGCCACUGCAUGUAGCUACUUGGAGUAGAUGCAUCUUCAGGUAACAUUUUCAGAACAACUUUCCAAGGAGUAAAAAAAAAACAUGUAUAAAGCAACCAUUUUUUUUUAAAUCUUUAAGUUCAUAUUUUUAUGUUGUUAUUUGUCUUUUCUUUUAGAUUGUUCCAACUGAUAGGGGAUGGUUAAUUGAAGAAUCUGGUAAUAAUUAUCCCACUGGUCUAAACAACAGGGCUACGAUGAAAAUUGUACUCUAUGUGCCAUAUACUUAUUGUUUUGAUGCAGGAUCAUACACCUGUAAGGCUCGCUUUAAUCAAACAGGUGGUGUUUCAGAAGCCAGCCGUUCUGAAACAAUUAUAUACAAAGGUGAGGUGGUUUUUUUUUUUAUUGGUCUUAUUUCCAUGAAAGCUCCCCCCCCCCUUCCCCCCCCCUGUUCAGGUUAUAGAGCUUGAAAACCUGACUUCUGGGGCAUUCGUUUCCACCAGUCAUUGUUUUAUUGCCGAUUCUAUUACUAUUUCAAACUGUUUGUGACAAGAGGCAAGUUUCCUAGUGGAGAUUUUGAGAUGUUGACACAAACUGAUUACUCUGAAACACAUUCUUUUGAAUGUCAGUAAUCUAAAUUGUCACAAUGCUAUGCAAUCCCCGGCAUUUAUUGGAUACCAAAACUUCGUAAGAAGUAUCCAUGGUUGUCACAAAUGACCGUGGCAGGGGUUAGCAACAAAGCACCAUUGUUCUUAAGAUAAUAGGGUGGACGGUCAUGGCUGUGAUUUUUGGGAGGGAAUUGUUAGGCGCAUGGGGUAAGGUUAAUAAAUUCUCGCAUCAUUUAGAUUGGUGUGAUGUUUCUGACCAAAAUAUUAUGUCUCGAGCCUUACAUAUGUCGCAUGACAAUUUGGAUGUUGAAGACAGAAGUUCCUAUUGGACCGGAAAUGAAGUGGGUAGAGAUGGGUUGAUAGCCAGCAUUCCUAGACCACCUAGGGAAGCAGAGAAGUGUAUAUAAGGUAGAGAGCUUCGUUAUGUAGUACAGAGCUAGAGAUACGUUGACGGUCAUUCUAAAGUGACAGACGUAGUGUUACCAGCUGUAGUCAAAGACAGACUAAGGGAUAGACAGUUAACGUAGUGUUAACAGAAAAAGAGACAUUACUCAAUCUUAUUAUAUUCGAUCAAUACAUCUUUUAUUUAUAACUGUUACUGAUGAGUUGCUUUGGCAUUCAUUGGUGCUCUGUGUUUCCUUCGUUGUACUUCUCAACGUCUGGACUAGUGAACCCUCACAGAGCAGAGCGGUCCGCACCAGUCACAACAUCAUCAAUACCACUUGGUACAUAACCAUAAGUACGGGUCAUACCUCACAAUACCACCCGUAUAUGUGACUUUGUGGGGGCUCCUUACCGGGGUGUAGACAAUACGAGAGGACGACGAAGAUGCCAGUUAAAACUCUGAGUGAGGUUCUGACUCUAGUAGAUGAUUCUCUACAGCUUAGAGGAAAUGAGAGGAAAAAAUACAUCGAGAGAGAGGUGAAUGAGGUUAGAAAAACAGAAGCUGUCGAAAAAGCAUCUAAAAGAGGGCGGCAGAGAGGGUGGUGGUCGAGGGAGAGGCGGCAGAGUGAGCAUGACAGAGAAGGUGGCCGACUGAGAGGCGGCAGAGUGAACAUGACAGAGAAGGUGGCCGACUGAGAGGUGGCAGAGUGAGCAUGGCAGAGAAGGUGGCCGACUGAGAGGCGGCAGAGUGAGCAUGACAGAGAAGGUGGCCGACUGAGAGGCGGCAGAGUGAGCAUGGCAGAGAAGGUGGCCGACUGAGAGGGGGCAGAGUGAGCAUGGCAGAGAAGGUGGCCGACUGAGAGGCGGCAGAGUGAGCAUGACAGAGAUGGUGGCCGACUCAGAGGCGGAAGAGAGAAGGGCUUAUGGGGAGGUGAUGUCAGAAGCCAAGAUGUUGGAAAGGCCAGUGGUUGGAGUCUCAAUUGUUCUGAUCUAAGCAGCCCAGGCUUCCAGCUUUCAUAGAUGGGGUUGUCAAUUAGAUGGAUGGCUCAUCAGAUUGAGCUGUUUGCUAAGAUCAGUAAAUGGCCAGUAAGCGGCUGGGCGCUGUCACUUAGUGCGCUUCUGCCUGGGCGUACUUUCGAGGAAUAUUCGAAAAUGCCUGAUGAAGAUGCACUAGAAUAUAAAAAGGUGGAAGAUUUGCCGCUAAAGAGGCACAACCUUAAAGAGGAUGAAUACAGGAUCCGGUUCAGAGAAAGUAGGUCACAGACAGAUGAGUGUCCAGCCGUAUUAAUCGGAAGGUUGAAAAAUUACAUUAAGAAGAGGAUUAGUCUGUCGAAGACAUAGAAUACAUUUGAAUGUAUUAUGGACAUGUUCAUAAAGGAGCAAUUCAUGAGUGUGUGUCCCGUUGAUUUGGCUACUCACUUGAGCGAGGGAAUGAUUGACAGUCUUGAUGAAGUAGUGACAGUGGCAGAGCUAUUCAUCGAGACAAUUAAGAGAGUCUUCAAUGAUAAUUCUCACGUGGCACAGUUGGAGAAUAGGAGAAAUGGCACGAGAAAUAGAGAAGUUGAAGAACAGAAGACAUGACCUGGUCCAAUGAUGCCUCAUAAUGGCAUAUUAGGACAGGCAAAACCUGACUUCAAGUGUUUGGUGUCAUAAGAGUUGACAUAUAGCGAGAAACUGCCCUAAUGUUAGUGAAUCCAGAAAAAAAAUAGUCCAAUGGGCUGCAUCAGCACAAAUUUACUCCUGGGCUGCAACUUUCAAGCGAUUGGUUGGGUGAUCAGUGAGAUAGAUGUCAAAUGUGGUGGUGAGAUCAGUGAGCAGGACAAUGAAACAUCAAAGAAGAGGAACUUUCCGAUUCUAGAGGGCUUGGUCGGGUCUAGUAAGUUGAGGUGCUAAGAAACACUGAAUUUUAAGCAAUAAUUGCUAAACGAAUGUAUUUAAGGGAUGGCCAGCUAACAAAUGGAGCUGGUUUUAUUGCGUUAAUGAUAACAGACAUUGAACCUGGGGACAUCCCAAAAAACGGCCUCCGUGACUCCGGAUGGUCAUUAUGAGUUCUUGAGAAUGCCGUUUGGAAUGAUGAAUUCAGGAGACGCGGUAUCGGACAACUCUACAACGGCUGGAAAGAAUGAAAAACGUAAUUAUCUACGUAGAUUAUUUGCUAAUCUACACCCGCACUUGGAAAGAACUUUUAGAGAAAAUGGCGGAAUAAUUUGAUCACUUGAAAAUUUUGAAUAGGAAUGCGAGGCCCACAAAAUGCGUAUUUAGGAGGUCCAUCAAGAUGGACCUCCUGGGACACAAAUUAUCACUGGGAACACUAGGGCUGCAAGAAGACAACGUGAACAAAAGCAGGCAUGCUCAUCGGCCAACUUCCAAAAAAGGAGUGCCGUUCCUGCCUUGGUCUCACGGGGCACUACAGGGAGUUCCUACUGAACUGUGCGACCCUGACAUCCCAAUUGACGGCUCUGACUUAAAAGGAUCAACAAGACAAAUGAAAAUGGGAAGUAGACCUGGACAAAACAUAUGACGCCCUAAAGAAAAGCAAUCACCACGCGUCGAAUCCUACGCAUCCACAAACAUGGAUCAAUGAUUUGUUUCGAAUCCUACGCAUCCACAAACAUGGAUCAAUGAUUUGUUUCGAAUCCUACGCAUCCAAAAACAUGGAUCAAUGAUUUGUUUUUAAGGGUCGAUGCAACUGAUCUUGGUCUUUGCGCUGCCCCGCUUCAAAAAGGUGAUGACGGAGCACUUCAGCCCGUUGCAUUCGCUAGCAAGAAGUUCUUGGAAAGAGAGACCAGGUAUUCUACGAUCGAGAAGGAGUAUCUCGCGAUAGUGUGGGCCAUACAAGUUUGAACUUUAUCUUGACGGAAAGCAGUUCAUUCUACAAACUGACCACCAGCCAUUGGAGUAACUUAGCACGGCUCUAAUCGUGAGGGCCAGGUUCCUUAGAUUGGCUCUGUUUCUUCAGGGCUACAGUUAAUUUUUUUUAUGUAGUCCAUUGCUAGGGCGAAUACUGUAGAGCCAGACUUUCUAAGAAGACUUAGAAAUGUUGUUAGAUUGUUGUGUUUUCUGAGAUUUACAACAUGGCGAGAGUCUACAUAAAAACUAUAUUUUAAAUUAUCCCUCUAUUAGACCUGUGUGUGUGUGAAUAAGACAUUGAUCUACUAAUCUAUAACGGAGCAGAUGUUCUCGAAGACACUUUAGUCUUAAAUAUUGUAUUUUGUAUUUUAUUUUAUUUCACAUUAUUUUGUGAUAGAUAAUUUUUUACCUGAUGAUACAUAUGGCGAGGUUUAGAGCAGUCGAAACGAGACUAGGGGGGUGCAGUAAGAAGGGGAAGCGUAGUAUUAUUUAUGGAGUAGUCAUUGGUUUGGUUAGUUUUGACAUUUGUCAGUUUUUUUUUUAAAUUGUUGAAGGGGGGAACAGUGUUAAUAGCCUAUAGUGAUAAAAUUCUAGAUAAUUCACCUCCCUUAUGUUAACUUAAGAGAUGAGAAUAGUUAGAGAGAGAGCUAGAGUGGAAAAUGUAGUUUGAAUGAGGUGUCAUAUGAGAAGGUACGAGAAAGAAUUUGGAAAUGAGCGAACAAAAUUUAUGGGAAAAACUGAGAAAAAAAAGGGACUUAACACAACGAACGAACGUGUCGGCAAGAAGCCUUCCUCGGUGAAAAAACAACAGUAAAAUAAAAAUAAAAAGUAACACUUAGCUGCAACGUAGUAUCCCAGAGGACAGCAAGAGGAAUGUGACAGAACAAAAUCAGUUGAGAUAUGAAAUACAGGAGAUGGGACAGACGAGAUGAAACGUAGGUCCACUGCGAUUGUUCGUAGCGAGGAGAGGGCGGAGAAAACGUUUAACCUGUGAAUGAAAACAUGACGUCCAUGUUACCUGCUUUCAUGUUCCCAUAAUAAGGCUACAUUAUUUUUUUUAGACAUAACUCAUUAUCUAUCCAGUUGCUCUUUCACGUCAACAUGAAAUUUUUCAUUGAAAUUUUCCUUUUAACCCUUAACGUUUUUCCGCGUAUUAUCUUUUAGAGAAAUGUUAUUGACCUCGCAGAUGUCAGUCAAAAACAAUAAGGGUCAAGGUCAUAUGUUGUUUUUUUAUGUGUAGAGAUUUUCUUUUCGAGGAAAUUUAUUCUGGAUGGUUAAGUUUCAACUCUUCAAUGGGAAUAAUCUGAAUUACCCAUAUGGAAAUAAAAAUACACUCAAAAUUUAACGACCAGUGUUUAUUUAAAUCUAAGAAGUUUACUAUACUUGUGGGCUUCUGUAUCAUUGAAAAAAGAAUCUUCUGUGCUACAUGUAAGUGACUAGGAGUAUAAGAGAACAGAACGUUGACGUAGCUCAUCUAGUUUAACCUACUUAUUCCAGUUUCCCAAAAAUAGCUUAUGAUAUUCUGUUGGUGAUGUUCAGGUAGGGAUUGUUUGUAGUAAGCAUCUUAAAAAUUUAUUAUAAAAGUUAAAUGGGUUGUUCAUUAACUUUUUUCUUAUCAUUCGAAAUAGAAAGAAUAAAUAUACCUGUGAUUACGUUGGACCCUCACAAUGGAUAUGCACCUGACGUCUCCUCUAACAUGGUGGGAGAAGAAGUCAAAUUAACGUGUCAAAUACAGGUAGCUAAUAAUUAAGUUUUUUUUUUUUAAAUGUAUUUUUUUUGUUAAAAAGCUAAGUUUGAAUUAUUUUCAUUCGUCUUACAUAAUGUUAAACAAAAAUUUUUCUUUUACAAUCAUUAAACUUUGUACCAUAAAGUAGGGACACGGAUGUCCGAGGAGACAGAUUCUGACACGACAUGCCCUGAUUAAUUUAGUUGCUGAGGAACUCUGGGUGCAUAGUUCACCCGACCUUUUCUGUCAAGUCGUCAGUGCUCCGCAGCAGCUGUUGGCUUCAUGUUGAACAAAUCCUUUGUCUACACCGUGAAGCAACGAUGCUCGUUCCCUUGCCGACUCUUCCCAUGUCUCUGUUUCUUUAUCGAGCGAUAUUUAGUGAUUCUUGAAAGGUGUCUCAAAAGCGUUUGUUCUAUUCAGCAAAUCACCUUCCAUGCUCAAGAUAAAAAUAGUUUCAAUAGUUUUUUUUGGGCUAGCGGUCGUCUGACAGUGUCACAAAAUUCAACGCAUUAGACUUGUAAAAAUGAAGGGGAGACCAACCUGUGCGAGUACGUCAUUGUUCUGGGACCUUGUCCCACCAUUUGAUGUUUGGGAUUUUUUCUGAGACUUGUAUGAAAGUAACUUCACAUUAUUGCAUCGUGUAAAUACACAGUGCACGUUUCACGGGCAUAGAUAAGCGUAAGAAGCACAUAGGCAUUGUUUACUUUUAUUUUAGUAUGACUGCUGAUAACUCGCCUGCUUCAUGCAUUCUUAGACAAUCUGCCAUAGGUUGUACUAGCUCGUACAAUAUACAUAAACUAUUUUACUUAUUUUAUACAAAUCAUCAAUAAUUGCUCAUCUACGCAAUACUUUUGUGAAUGGUUAUAUACAUUGAAUGGGAAAACGUCUGUUGUUUUUAUUUGGGGUUUUAAUAUUGCAAAAUUACUUUUAAAUUUAUUUAAUAAAAACAUCUUCAAACAAUAUUAAAUUAGAGUUUUCCAUUGACCUGAAAUAAAGAAAUAGUUACAUUAAAUUCAUAAGUGCUAAAUUUAAACUUGCAAAUAAAUAGCUACGCUGUUCCUUGAUUUAAUAACCUGGUGUGACAAAACUGAUAAUUUAUCAAGUAUCUUACUAUUAGUUGCUUUUUAAUUUAUAAUAAACCACACCAAGCUUUAACUUUAUAUUUUUAACUUGCAAUAAGUUGUAUUUAUUUUUCAGUCCAGAAAAUGUCCUUUGAUCCAUUUUGUCAAGUAAUAAAAACAUAACUUAAUUUUUUAUACUCAAAUAACAAGCUGCAUUUCGUGCCAAAGUGCUCAACGAAACUUAAUAUCUCAUUACCACUGACCGUCUCUUUUAUUAGUCAACCAAAUAAGAACAGACCAUAUUUGUAACACAUGUCAUAUUGUCAUUAUGACAAUAUUUGUAGUAACAUGGUUAACUAAUACUGCAGUAGAUGUGUUGCCGCUAUCACAUUUGAAUAAUUAAUUCAUUCACUCCCCAAACUUAUCUUUUUUCUCUCUCAAUAAUGAAUUGAUAACUUGUAAUAAAUAAUUUAUACAGUUCUUUAUUAUUUUCAAUAAACACACCAAUUUUAAGUUUUGCUAGGAGGAUAUCCUGCAAUAAUUCUAGAAUAUAUUCUAGAAUAUAUAUAUAUAGAGAGAGAGAGAGAGAUAAACAGUUAGUUUUUAAAUACCACCAAUCAGUUGUGAAAUCUGUUAUAGGAAAAUAUCAUUGGUUCUAAUCCUUUGUUUAAUCCCAUGUAAGGGUCUUGUCAGUCUUGCGGGUCUUGAAUUAACCUGGUUGACCGGUCCCAGAGGAGGAAACAACUUUGUGCCCUAUCCUACGGAUGGUGCUGAAACGGUUACACCGGGACCCCCAGAUCGACCCUGUGAACGUGGCAAAUAUGAGUCAACCUUGACCUUCAAGGUACCCGCUGUCGACACUACGUACACUUGUGUGGCCAAAGACGGUGAUAAUGGUGCCAGCCGAACGAACUUCACAAUUGUCCAUACAGCAAGUAUCGGUUGGUCAAACUUUUGUUUUGUUUAAAGCGGAAUUGAUAUUGUUAGUUUAUGUCAUUUUACUUAUCUAUUUUCUUUUUAAAAAAGAUUAUAUAUCUUUGACAACAGUUAAAAGUUAGUUUAAUCGUAAAAUAUUGAUUAUGACCAGUUUAAAAAUGGCUUGGUGACCGGGCUGAACAAAUCCGUGGGAGCUGGGGUAACAUCUGGCUGUGGGUGUUGGGUUGAAUCUGGCUGUAGGGCUGGGGAUGAAUCUGGCUGUGAGUGAUGGGGUAAUAUCUGGCUGUGGGUGCUGGGGUUGAAUCUGGCUGUGGGUCCUGGGGUAAUAUCUGGCUGUGAGUGCUGGGGUAACAUCUGGCUGUGGGUGUUGGGGUUGAAUCUGACUGUGAGUGCUGGAGUAAUAUUACGCUUGGGGUGUUGGGGUUGAAUCUGGCUGUGAGUGCUGGGGUAAUAUCUGGCUGUGGGUUCUGGGGAUGAAUGUGGCUGUGAGUGGCGGGGUAAUAUAUGGCUGUGGGUGCUGGAGUUGAAUCUGGUUGUGGGUGCUGGAGUAAUUUCUGGCUGUGGGUGUUGGUGUUGAAUCUGGCUGUGAGUGCUGGGGUAAUAUCUGGCUGUGGGUGUUGAGGUUGAAUCUGACUGUGGGUGUUGGGGUUGAAUCUGGCUGUGGGUGCUGGGAUAAUAUCUGGCUGUGGUUUUUGGGGUAAUAUCUGUCUUGGGAGGUUGAGUUUGAAUCUAGCCGUGAGUGCUGCGGUUGUAUCUGGCUGUUGGUGCGCUGAAAGCUGGUCUUGUCCAUCGAUGCUUGAAAUGCAUUAAAAGGUGUACAUGCCGGGGAAGGCCUGUUUGUGACAUCACCUCUGUGUCUGGCUCUUGUCCUGUUUUUUUCUUAGAUGAAGAGGAUUUUUCGUAGGAUAGUUGUAUAAAUGUUAGACCUAUCCCCCCUCCCCCCAGGCCAAGUCACUUAUUUCAGGAUAAUAGUGGGUUCUUUACAUUCUAAUUUUAAAAUCGUUGAAAAGAAUUUCUUUUUGAAAAUGUGGUACCAACACUGUAUAGUGUAAGCCCGUGAAAGUAUCUGUUUUGGGGGGUUGUUUGAGGGGGGGGGGGUUAUGUAUCUACUUUUUUAAUCGGAAAUGUAUCAUCCAAAGUUAUGAACUGUUAACAGAUUGUCUCUAAAAUCUUAUUUUUUUCCUAGAAAUGUUCGUAUUAAUUGGUCUUAAUGUUAUCCUAAAAAAAUUCCACUUGUUAGAACUGUUUAUGUGUUGAUGUAGCAGUGGGAGAGAUAAAUAUGUGAACUUUAUUAUUCCCAAUACAAUAGUAAAAUGUCCCGAUAAACUUUCCAUGUGCAAAAUUGUCUUUGGGUUGUUUAGAAUAAAUAAUUUGUUUCGGUAAUUAUUUUAUCUAAUAAAAUUGUUGAUAUUUAAUAAAUUAUCUUUGAUAUUCUAGGCAACAAAGGCGCGAACUUGGUGGUCCUGGACUCACAAUGGUUUGUCAGGAACAUGUUGAUGAUGGUUGUAGCAUUUCUCAAGUGGUCAGGAUUUGUUUAGUGUCACGAGGACUAACAAAAUUACUCGGCCAACUGGUGCCACCAGGAUUCGAAAAAUUACUUUGCCAGUCAGCUCAUGGAAUAUGUUCAUCAAUAAAAUAUGGUGUAAAUGUGUAGACACUUUGCUUCAAAGAUUAUCGUAUAUACACUUUAAGCAUUCCCGCUUCAAUGUCUCUAAGGCA